UUACUAUUCCUUCUUGGUGGACUAGUAACAAUGUAGAUAACGGAGGGGAUAUAGGAGGAGGAGGAGGAGGAGGAGACAUAGGCUGGGGGGAUGAAUGGGGGGACGGAUGGGAGGAUAAUUGGGGUAACGGAGGCAGCAUCAACGGGGGAGGAGGCAGCAGCAGCGGGGAUGGAGGAGGAGGCAGCAGCAGUGGUGACGGUACUAUAACAAAUACAUCUACAGGAGCAACAACAGGAGAAGAAGAAGAAGGAGGAGGAGGAGGAGGAUGGGGUAGUUGGUGGCCAUGGCCUAGUAGCACUAAUUAUUUAUUUAUUUCUCCCUUCUUUUUCUUCUUUAUUCCUUUCUUUGUUUCUCUUCUUACCUUCCUAUAA